CUCCCGCCAUGGCGUUGCCGACAACAAGUGGACAUCGAGUGCAUUGCUCGCUAUGUCGAUAGGUUUAGCUGUCUCGCGGCUGCUUUUUGCAGCCUGGCUCGCUGCCUUCCUGCAAAUACGCUGCAUCCAUGCGCGCUGCAGCGCUGAAUGCUACAAGCAUGCGACAUGCAACGAGGCGAUCGAUGGUGGCAGGUGCGACUGCCCCAAGCAGCUGGCCGGCCCCGACUGCAGCCUCGAGUCGGCGGCGCGCGUGUCGCCGCAUGAGCCCUGCCUCAACAACUGCACCGGGCGCGGCGUGUGCGCCUGGGGCGAGUGCGUGUGCCGGCGAGGCAACUUCGGCUCCGAUUGCUCGCUGUCGGUAGCGGCUGACGAUGUAGAUGGCGGUAGCAGCAGAAGCAGCAGAGGCAGAGACAGCGGCGGCAGUAGCCGGGGGCAGCAGCAGCAGCAGCCGCUCAAGCUACAGCUGCUGGCGGGUGGCAAUACGCCGUACGUGCCGCGGCGGCGGCGGCCGCACGUGUAUGUGUACGACAUCCCCCACAACCUGUCCUCUUGGCACCACCCCAAGAACAUGGACCGGGGCCUGCACUGGCUUUUCUGGCAGCGCCUGUUGGCCAGCGGCGCCAUGACGGCGGACGGCGACACCGCGGACUGGUACUACAUCCCGGUGAAGAUGCGGUCCACGUCGGACGGCGGGCGGCUGAUGGAGGCGAUCGAGUAUGUACGGCGCCACUGGCCGUGGUACGACAGGCUGCAGGGCCAGCGCCAUUUUGUCAUCCACACCGGCGACCUGGGCCGGGGCGAGGUCACGCGCAGCGUGCGUGAGGCCACCCCCAACCUGACCUGGCUCCACCACUGGGGCCUCACGGCGGACGCACCCCACUCGGGCUGGCGGGCGGCGCACAGGCCCGGCAAGGACAUCGUGUUGCCCAUACACAUGGGCAGCCGCUACAGCUCCCGGGCCGCCGGGCUGCACCCCCUGGCGCCGCAGCUGCCGCGCAGCAGUGGGCUGCUGUUCGUGGGCCGCAUCUGCGGCGACCGCUCCCAGCCCGACCCCGCGCGGGGCUGGCCGCACUGCGCCACGGACCGCAACGACGGCUACUCGCAGGGCGUGCGGCAGCAGGUGCACUACCACCACCACCACCGCCCCGGCUUCAAGGUGACCGCCAGCGACCCGCACUACGGCCUGGACCUACUGCGGUACAGGUGGUGCCUGGCGCCGUCGGGCGGCGGCCACGGCAACAGACAGACCGUGGUGACGCUGGCUGGCUGCUUGCCUGUGGUGGUGAGUGACGACGUUCUUCAGCCCUUUGAGCCGGAGAUGGACUGGGGCGGCUUCGGGCUGCGGGCGGCGCACAGCGACAUCCCGCGCCUACAUGAACUGCUGGCGGAGGCGGAACAGGAGGACGGCGGCGCGGGGCUGCGGGCGCGGGCGGACUCGCUCCCCUGCGCGGCGCAGCACCUGUUCUGGAGCGGCGUCAGCGGCGCCUUCAUGCAGGAGGACGGCAGGUGGGAUGCAUUCGAGUUCACACUGGAGAUCCUGCGCAUGCAGCAGACCUACCCGGAUCUGGAUCCAGCGCAGUACGCCGCACGGGACGAGCAGUUCCGUGCCUUUCUGUACUGCGGCGAGGCCGACGCGCCGAACGGCCGGUACGGCAUGGCGGCGUACGGCAGGAAAUGGCGGGCGGCAUGGCAGGAGCGGUACGGCGCUGCCAGCGCGGCGGUUGGCGAGUCGUUGGGAAUUCCAACCGACGCGGAUGAUGAGGAAGGUUGGAAAGCGCUGUACGACAGGGGUGGGCUGGAGGCGUUGAAACAGACGUACGGCGACGGUGCGGUGGCGGCGGCGGUACGGCAGGUGGCUGAUGACGAGCCGCGGCGGCGGGAGGGAAGGGAGGGGGGCUCGAAGGGGCGGGGAAGCGAGCGGGCGCAUGGCGAGGAGGACGAGGAGGAUGGCGGCGGUCGUGGCAGGCGGCGGCUGAACAGCAGCAGUAGUAGCGGCAGCCAUAGCAGUGGCAGUAGCAGCAGUAGCGGCGGUCACAGCAAUGGCAGUAGCAGCAGUAGCGGCGAGGGGCGGCCUUUAUGGACGAGGUGGGGGAGCCUGCUGCGGGCAGCGCUACUGGGGCGCGGCGGGGGCGCGACAGGAGAUGAGGAGGCGUUCAGGGGGGCAGGCGGCGCCGGUGGUGGCGGGGCUGGCCGCCGGCGCCGCGGCAUGAGCACUAGCGUGCGGCGGCUCACCGCGGCUGGCGGUGGGGGUGAGAGUGAGGGUGGGGGUGGGGGCCAGCAGCACUCGCUGCCGCUGUGCAGCAUCAGUGUGUGGGAUGCGGAGGAGGACCGGUGUGCGGGCGGGGCGCCGGGCGGCGCGGCGUGUGCGUGGCACCCCGCCCGGGAGGCGGACCUGGGGGGCUGCCCCCGCGCCUGGCCCUGACGCCCGAGACACACAUGCCGUACACAUACGCACGUGCACGCACACACACACACACACACACACACACACACACGCGCACACACACUCACACUUGCUUGGAAAGCACAGAAGGGAGAGGAAGCGGGCAUGCUGCAUGCUUCUACACUCGACGGUGUGUAUUUGUUGCUGUGGCGGUAGAUGUGGGGCCGUGUGUGUGUGCCACUGUGCCGGAGCAUCCGGCAAGCCAGGAAUGCCAGGAGCGAGUGGGUUGUGCGGAAUCAGGGCCAGGGUCAGCGGCGCUUGUAACGAGGCGCGCGUGCAUGGCGAGGCGGAGCAGCGGCUGCGGGAGAGUGGGAGACGUGGUGCAUGCAGGGGGGGAGGAGGGCCAGCAGCCAGCCUUGGUGGGUUUCAAGGGCGGGCGGAUGAAGCACUUGAUGCGCUCCUAGCGACCGUUGGGCUCGCACUGGCUCACACCUUCCAAUCAAGCGGGUGUUGGCUAGGAUCUCGUGCCCC